AUGGAGUUUUCCUUCUCCAAUGCCGAGAGCCCCGGAUUUCAUAUCACACCGGAUGGAAACUGCACCAUAUUCAUGAAUGAUGGUUACUGGCCACGCGGCAAUUCUUCCGGCUUCCAUGCGGUUCACACAUCCUCGACAGGGUCCGGAAGAAUAUCCGAGGCAGAGCCAGGGCUAUCGCAUACAGUGGCAGAUGGAUGCUGGAGGAAACGUGGGUACAUACUGGACGUUCCGACGAAUGAAUCCAGCGAAGAUCCUGAGACCGGAGGAUCCCAUCCAGGCCUUGCCGAUUUCAUAGAGGAAGACUUUGCCUACUGCCUCAGUGCCGGAGCUAUACCAGGUCCUGCUAUCAUAAACGCGGCUUCCACGAUGGAGUCCUGCUGGAGCUACUGCUCCGAACAAGAGCACUGCCAGGCGUGCUUCCGGAACUGUGAGAUAGGCAACUGUUCGGACCGGGAAACCGGCUGUACCUACUAUGCCGUUCAGAUGUGCGACUCCGGGAGAAGAAACGAUUGUGGCGUUCGCAGCCUCCGGCGCAAAACCGUCUUUGAUGGGCGCUCUGGCUCGGACAUGAUUGCACACCUGGUGGGGCUCCUGGCACUCUUCUGUGCGAUUCAAGGCAUGGUGCUCUUCUGCUACUGGCGAGGAUGGAUCCGGGCUCCACUUGGCCCCAAGGCGGUGUGCUUCAUUGACGAGCAGGGUGAACCACUGGAAGCUGAUGUCCGUGCUGCAAUACCUGCAUACUGGAGCAGCGCAGGUGAAGAGACGGAGUUCAAUUCGAUGCUCUAUGUCGGAGAGGAGCAGUGGGCGCCGUUUGCAGAACUCCUUGAUUCUACCUAUCGGGCAAGAAGCAGCCAAGACAGGCCAUGUCCGCAUGGCGCUUGCCCCAAAAGGCCCGGGGGAUGCCCCUGCGUGCAGCCCGAUGGUGAGCCAGGAUUGCCCGCCAGCUACGUGAUUCGCCGGGUGCUCCGGGCCGAGAACUCCGGGAGCUGGAGGCGCUUUGUGGAGAAGAGGGCGCGGCUUCAGUCCAGACGCCAGGGCAUGGGGAAAGUCGAGGAUCCAGUGUGCACCGCAGGAGUGGUGGACCAGCACCCUGAGCUGUUUGCUCCCGUGGAUUCAAGCUUGAACGAGGUGUAUCUGUGGCAUGGAACCCACGUCCGGGCAGCCCUUAACAUCGCGCACGAGGGUUUCGACAUUCAGAUGGCGGGAUUGAACGGGACCAUGUACGGCAAAGGCAUGUACUUCGCAGAGAACAGCACGAAAGCAGACGAGUAUGCGAGGGACGAGCCGCAUGGCUUCUACCAAGACGUGUUCGCCCUCCUCCUUUGCCGCGUAUGCCUGGGAAAGUUCCACUUUUCGGAGGAUCGGUUUGACUCCGCAGGUGGUAUGGCGGAAGCUGGGACUAUUGACAGCACAGUCGGCGACAGGACUCGCACGGCGAACACGUUCCGAGAGUUUACUGCCUACCACCCACACCAGGUUUAUCCGGAGUAUGUGAUCUUCUACUCUCGGCGGCCCAAGGCCGUGGCACUGGAGGCGUUCCGGUUCGACCUGCCUCCGCUACACGCACAGCUGCCGGUCUAUUUCCAGAAGUUCCACCUGAACCCGCAGGUGGAGUCUUUCGAGGUGCAGUAUGGUGUGCGGAGACCGGAACGCGAUGUGCUGGAGCAGAUGGCGCAGGCGUGCUACCCAGGUGGUCGCAGGAUCGAGGUCCUUUCAGCGCGCCGGAUCGAGAUAUCCAGCCUCUGGAACCGCUACGUUCUCUACAAGAAGAGGCUGCGAGGGGAGUUAGAAGCCUCGGGCCUCGCAGCCUUCGCAUCGGCGGAGUUCUUGGAGGGCCAGGCACGCGGUGCAGAGGUUCUCACAGAUGCCUUUAUGAAGAGGCCGUCAGAAGGUGGCGUGCGACCACCGACGUGGAGGGGAGAGUCCUUGGAAGGAGAACUGCAGGAGCACUUUCUCUGGCACGGCACCAGUCGCAAGGCGGCAGAGGCGAUUGUAAGAGCUGACUUCCGCGUGCCCAAGGAGAUAAAGAAUGGCGCGCGCUACGGCUGUGGUCUGUAUUUCGCUGAGGACGUGGGCAAGAGUUUAGCUUAUGCUCCUGUCAACACAUCGUCUGAUGGACGCACGACCUCGCAAUUUCUGCUACUCUGCCGGGUGCUGUGUGGCCAGAUGUAUUACACCAGCGAAAGAUAUGAACUGGAUGCCGUCAUCUCAGCGCACAAGGUUGGCAAGAAUUCCGUCCUUGCGAAUCCUCUGCGCGAAGGGCCGCGUGAGUUCAUUGUCUGGCAUGAGAUGCAGGUCUACCCCGAGUAUCUCCUAGAGGUCACCGUCCGCGAUGAAGACCCGUAG